CAGUGUUUCGUCCUACUGGUUCUUUUCACAAAAUUCAGUAUGUUGUGAGAAAUACUGGAAAUGUAAAAACAAAUAAAAUGACACUUAAGUAUUCGAUAGAGCCUAGUGGCUAUUGUAAACCAUAUAGUCGGACAAAGCUGUACAAAGAGAUAUUUGAAUUUGGAACUUGUGGAGAAAUACAUGAGGUAUGGUUGAGUGCUAGACACUUGUUUGUAAACUUAGAUGGAGGUAAACAGCUCUACACCUUUGAUUGCAAAACCGUUGAACAGAUUCAGGAUGCGGAAAGUUCAGGGUGUUUAGAUCUUUGUGACGAUUUCCCAGUUCAACAAGUAUUACUGAAACCACCACAUGCAGCUUUUGUAAUUUUCCGAAAUGGUAUAACACAGUAUUGGAUUUAUAAGUCUGAUCAUAUAUGGAAGCAGCAGACAACACACAGAUUGUGUCAUGGUAGCCUAGCAAUGGUAGUUGACGUCUGCUACAAUGUAUCCCAGAAUGCCUUGUACUGGUGUCAGAGACAAGAGUCAGAAAUUGAUGGAAAAGUUUCAUUUAUGAUUUACAAAAGACAGAUUGUUGAAGGUGAAGAAGAAGACAAACAGACUUUAUUGAAACUUGGACCAGCAUCUCUAAUCAUCAAAGACUGUCCAAAAUGUACAGUGUAUCCAAUGGCACAUGGGAUUGUUUUUGUAUCAGAAAAUAGCAGUACUCAAGCAUUAUUUGUUGUUCGAGUGUCUACAUCGUCAGGUCAGGUAGAUAUUUUAGUUGAAAAAGAAUGGAUCACGGUAACAGAUGUAAUUGUUCACACACCUGUGCAGUUCAGCAAGAUAGUUAUGAAAAGUCUGCAGCAUUUAAAUAAGUUGAAGAGUUUGUCUGUUAUAAAGACCAGUUACAUACCUCAAACACAGACAUUACAUUUACUAUACAGUUCUGGAAAUUUAUGUACUAUUUUACAUUCAUUAGGCAUAAUGUCCAAAACAUUUCAUUCAACAGAUACCAGUGUCAAUGUUGUUCAGCUUGAAGGUUUCAGUAGAGAAGGACUAAUUGGAAUAUGUUCACAGAGUGACACUGUUGGACUGGCUUAUAAGCAGUGUAUCCAACACUACAGUGUAAAGACAGGUGCUCUGUUAUGCUCCAUUGAAAUCCCAUAUGGUUCAGUGGUACUAGGAGUAGGAGGAACAUUGUUUGGAGGCGUGCAGCAAGCUGUAUACACAGAUGAUAAUUUAUACAUGUUACAGAAAUGUGCAGAAAGCAAGAAUGUAUCUGAAAUGUCAUUAUUGGAGUUGAGUCAUUUCCAGUCAGAUGCUGUCAGAUUGUCCUAUGUUGAUAAGAUGCAGAAGUAUACAGUCAGAUCACCAGGAGAGCUGAGUCAUGAAUCUUUGAAGAAAAAAUGGAUAGAAAAUCUAGGUACCCCACCAACUUCAAGACUUGUAGAAACUGUAGAGCCAUUCCUAACUCAGUACUGGAAGUUAGAGAACUUGCUACAUGAAGGGUUACAGGAACCAUGUAAAAUAUCUCAGUUGAAACCUGAUACAAUUGAAGAAGAAGUAAACCAUCUGUUGGAUCCAAAGUCCCCACUUUCCAGACAAGCUAGACAGUCACAGUUGGUACUGCUUGCUCAGUUCUGUCCUGUUGAGGUGCUCAACUGUCUUAUGUCUUACCUGAAGAUAAGUGGAGGUGAGAUGAGUACAUCUCAGCAACAGAAAUGGCAGUGUGCUCUCACCCAGGAGACAUGUAAUGUUGCAGGGAGCUGUGAUAUAGCUGUACCUCUGUUUGAGCUUAUGUGUCAUCUACUGUAUAAACAUAAACCAGAGAAACUGGUACAGUUUGUUCAUCAUGGACAGAAAGUUUGGGACCAGAAAGUUGGCAUGUCAGCAUUUGUUAGGCGUAGACAGAUUCCAUUUAUCUAUGAGAGGGCACUGAAAUGUAUUCCCCAGCCAGAACAUUCUACAGAUCCAGGAACUGCCAUCUUAGCUCAUGUACACAUUCUUCUAACUAGUGAAAUAGAUGGAUGUUUUACCAAAGGCCUUCAUUUAUUACUGAGAGCAGAGAAAUGGGAGGAGACAAUUGAACUGUUGAAGGAAUAUAAGGAUAGAUGUCCACAAUUUGCUCUGCUCUACCAGAUGACUUUAGCAGCUUUAACAAAGAAACAGGUAUUGCCCUUGUAUGCAGGCAAGAUAUUUUCACUAAUGCCAUCAUUUAAAUGUACCACUGAUGUUAUUCAAGGUUCUCCAGGUGAUGCUGAUACUCCUGUAUUGUGUGAAAGUACCGAGGAUGUCUCUGUGGACUCAGUAAGGCCCUGCCUGCUAGGCUGUCUAAACAAACUUAACAUAAACAAUGUUUAAUGUUCUUUAUGAUGAAAGUGCGUUUGAAUAAGUAUAUCUGUGAUAGUUUCCAUGUAAAACUGUACUAAUUUAAUUUCAUAAACUUUUUUCUGGACAUAACUAUGAAUAUGAUCCAGACUGCGCUUAUAUAUCAUGUGAUUAUGACAAAAGAUGGUGUGUCUGAUUUCAUGUACACAUACUUUUUAUUUUAAAAUCUUUAUUGUUUGUGGGAGAUUAAUUUUUAGCUCGAGUAUUCAAAGAAUAGUAGAGGUAUUGGACUCAGCCGUGCGUCGGCGUCUGCGUCGGUGUCCGCGUCAGCAUCCGGAUUUGGUUAAGUUUUUGUAUGUAAGCUGGUAUCUCAGUAACCACUUGUGGGAAUAGAUUGAAAUUUCACACACCUUUUCACUGUCAUAAACUGACUUAUAUUGCACAAGUUCCAUAACUCUCUUUUGCUUUUUUAUAAAAUUAUGCCCCUUUUUCGACUUAGAAAUUUUUGGUUAAGGUUUUGUAUGUAAGCUGGUAUCUCAGUACCCACUCAUGGGAAUGGAUUGAAACUUCACACACUUGUUCACUGUCAUCAUCUGACAUGCAUUAAGUAGGUCCCGUAACUCUACUUUGCAUUUUUUCUAGAUUAUGCCCUUUUUUCGACUUAGCAGUUUUUGGUUAAGUUUUUGUAUGUAAGCUGGUAUCUCAGUAUCCACUAAUGGGAAUGGUUUGAAACUUCACGCACCUGUCCAAUGUCAUAAGCUGAUAAACACUAAGCAGGUUUCAUAACCCUGUUUUCCCAUUUUUACAAAAGUAUGCCUCUUUUCGACUUUUGUAUUUGUUCAGUUGACAAGGCUGUUGAAUACUCGAGCUUUGCUGUCCACCGACAGCUCUUGUUAUGGUUGCAACCAUUCAGAAUUUAUUAUUAACUAACACAAAUGUUUUUAAUCUGUAUUUUCUUUAAAAAAAAAAAACUAAUUCAAAAUUACACGCAAUAAGCAGUUUAUAAGCAAUAUUAUAUUAUUUAAUGACAUUGAAAUUUUCUGACUUUACAGUAAGUCACAGGAACUUGUGCAUGUAUUAAUGCCAUUUUAGUCUGUUGUAAACGUAUUCAGAGGAAGUUGUUUCUUCAAGUUAAUGAAGGUUUACAAAAUUGCUAGACUCAAAUUGAUUGUUGAUGUUAUGCUUUAUAAUAUGUGCAAUUAAUAAUGAUCAGUGCAAUAAAAAGAAAAUAUAA